GCAUGAAAAAUAUAAAUUUAAUUUUUCGUUUUCAACAGCCAAAUAUUUAUAUAAAUUCUUCAAGAUUUUUAAGUUUAACUCAACUUAAACAAUGGCAAAAAUAUGAAAAUGAAAGAUAUUUUGGAUAUGAACCGUCAGCUGAAGAACCUUGGAAAAGGAUUAAACAUGGAUUAAGUUAUGAUUUGAGAAGAGCAGCUAGAAGAUAUAAAGAGGUUUGUGGAUUUGUUUUGUUUGAUUGUUUUAUAUUUUUCUGGAGGCUAUGGGGACCGAGUAUAUUUAAAACUUCUUUGUUAGAUUCCUUUUUUUGGGUGGUCGGGGCAUUUUUUAUGGCCUAA